AACUCAGAAAAGAAACAUUGAACAGCGUUGCAAAAAUAAAUCUGCAUGUUUGAAAUAUUUUAUCAAGCAUCUUGUACUAAUUAUUUAUUUCAGUUUGAGGAAGAAUACCUUGAGACCAGGGAUCAGUAUGAAAAGCUACUGAAAGAUGGAGCUCUCCUAUAUGAGCAGGUACCUAUGGUCGAAAUUGAUGGAAUGAAGUUAGUCCAGACCAAUGCUAUUCUGAACUAUGUUGCAGCAAAAUACAAUCUUUAUGGAAAAGAUAUCAAGGAAAGAGCGCUAAUUGACAUGUAUGCAGAGGGAGCCAGAGAUCUGAUGACACUUGUGAUGCGUCAUCCAUUUCUUCCUUCAGAGCAAAAGGACAGUGACCUAACACUGAUAAAUAACAAGGCCAAAAAUAGAUAUUUCCCAGCAUUUGAAAAGGUUCUCAAGAGUAGUCAAACUGGAUAUCUGGUUGGUAACCAGCUCAGUGUUGCUGAUCUACACUUGCUUGAGGCUAUCUUGAUGAUUGAAGACAACGCAUCCCAAGUUCUGUCAGAGUUCCCUUAUCUGCAGAAAUUCAAGUUGAAAAUCAGCAAUAUCCCAAGAAUUCAGAAGUUCCUGCAACCGGGCAGCCCCAGAAAGCCACCACCAGAUGAUCAUUACGUUAAAGUUGCAAAAGAAGUUCUCAGAUUUUGAGAGGAAUGUUAUGAACUGCACAUCUCAAAGCUGAAUUCCAAUUUUAAAGAUAAAGUGUCUUUAAGUUAAAUUCCAAAGCAUUUGAUAAUCAUAUUGCACUAAAUAUAGGUCAAAUCAUCAUAAUUUUAACAUUUUAGAUUUCAAUCUGCAUUCAUGGCUGAUAAAUAUUUUUGAUUCUCUGAAUAAUUCCAAGUUUAUCUUGUAAAAACAAAUUUAAUGCUUUCAUUUCUGAACUUCUGAUUAAAAUGUUGAAAAAUGGCUGUUUAAUGGCAGGAGUAAAAUCUAUAAACAAAGUAUGAAAA